CUCCCUUGUCGCUGUUAAUAAUCGUAAUAGUGUUUCCAGACAGUAGAAGAAGAAGAAGAAGAGAAAAGCUUUCUUCUUUGUUUGUUUUAAUCACUGAUUUUUGUUUCCAUUGGGGCAUUUUCGGAUCUCAAAGUUCUUCAGACAUCAGACAAAAGAUCCUGAGACUAGUAUUAUGUGCUGAUUCAAUACUGUUGUGAUCUUGGGAACCAGACAUGGAGAAACGGGAGAAAGAAUCAUCUGAGAGAAGCUUUAGUGAAUCAGAGUCAGUGUCUUCAUUAUCAGAGAAAGAUUCUGAGAUUCAGCCUGAGAGCACAAUGGAGUCUAAUGAUAAUGAGAUACAAUCAUCAACGGUUUCUUUGGAAGUAGAAACUGGAAAUGGAGAUUUGAAAGAUAGCAUAAGGACUUUAUCGGAGAAACUUUCAGCGGCUCUUGCUAAUGUGAGUGCUAAAGAUGAUCUGGUGAAGCAGCAUGUCAAAGUCGCCGAAGAAGCUGUUGCUGGGUGGGAGAAAGCGGAGAAUGAAGUGGUUGAGUUGAAGGAGAAGCUUGAGGCUGCUGAUGAUAAGAACAGAGUGUUGGAAGAUAGAGUAAGCCAUCUUGAUGGAGCUUUAAAGGAGUGUGUUAGACAGUUAAGGCAAGCAAGAGAUGAACAAGAGCACAUAAUUCAGGACGCUGUAAUCGAGCGAACCCAGGAGUUGCAGUCGUCUAAAACCAGCCUUCAGAACCAGAUUCUUGAAGCUGCAACCAAGUCUGAGGAGCUUAGCCAAAUGGCCGAAUCUGUUGCCAAAGAAAACGUUGUGCUGAGACACGAGCUUCUUGCGCGAUGCGAAGAGCUAGAGAUCAGAACCAUUGAGAGGGAUUUGAGCACCCAGGCAGCUGAAACCGCCAGCAAGCAGCAGUUAGAUAGCAUAAAGAAAGUGGCGAAACUCGAGGCUGAGUGCAGGAAGCUUAGGAUGUUGGCUAAAUCAUCAGCUUCGUUUAACGAUCUUCGGUCUACAGAUAGUCAUUCAGAUGGAGGGGAAAAAAUGGAUGUAAGUUGCUCUGACUCAUGGGCUUCAUCCACAUUGAUUGAAAAGAGAAGCCUGCAAGGAACUACCUCUUCCAUUGAACUUGAUCUCAUGGGUGAUUUUCUUGAGAUGGAACGUCUUGUAGCAUUGCCCGAGACACCAGAUGGGAGCGGUAAGAGUGGACCUGAAUCUGUAACAGAAGAGGUUGUUGUUCAAUCAGAGAAUCCAUUGGCUGCUGAGAUAGAAGUAUUGACUUCUCGAAAUAAGGAACUUGAAGAGAAAGUGAAGAAGUUAGAAGCAGAGAAAAGUGAGCUCGAAAGUGAAAUUAGAUGUAACAGAGAAGAGGCUGUUGCUCACGUAGAGAAUAUGUUGGCUGGUGAAGUACAAGUAUUGACUUCUCGAACUAAGGAACUUGAAGAGAAAUUGGAGAAGAUAGAAGCAGAGAAAAACGAGCUCGAAACUGAAAUGAAAAAUAACAGAGAAGAGGCUGUUGCUCACUUAGAGAACUCGUUGGCCGCUGAAAUAGAAGUAUUGAGUAGCCGAAUUAAGCAACUUGAAGAGAAGUUAGAGAAGUUGGAAGCAGAGAAAGAUGAGCUCAAAAGUGAAAUUAAAUGUAACAAAGAAGUGGAGGCUAAAUUGAGAAUUGAGCUCGAAGCUAUUGCUUGUGAUAAAAUGGAGCUGGAUGAUAAGUUGGAGAAGAUGGAGGUUGAAAAAGCUGAGCUGCAAAUAUCUUUUGAUAUCAUCAAAGAUAAAUAUAAAGAAUCUCAAGUUUGUCUGCAAGAAAUUGAGACGAAGCUGGAGGAGAUACAAACGGAGAUGAAACUGGUUAACGAGCUAAAAGCAGAAGUUGAAUCUCAAAUCAUCGCCAUGGAAUCAGAGGUAAAUACUAAAAGCGCGAAGAUCGAAUCAUUGGAAGAAGACAUGAGAAAAGAGAGGUUUGCUUCUGAUGAGCUUAGGAGAAAAUGUGAGGUUCUGGAAGAAGAGGUCUCUCUUUAUCAAGAGAACGCCAUCAAGAGUGAAAAUUUAGAACCCAAGAUCAAACAGGAAGACAUUGAAACAGCUGCAGGGAAACUAGCGAAUUGUCAGAAAACAAUAGCUUCAUUAGGGAAACAACUGCAAUCUCUUGCAACACUUGAAGAUUUCUUAACUGAUACACCGAGUAUUCCAAUGGCUGCAAAUGGUGUAUGCAGCAGCAGCAACUCAGAUGGUUGGAAGGUUAACAAGAACGACACUUUCAUGAUGAGUAAUUAUCCCGAGUCCAUCACACCUACCAAAGAAACAUCAACUUUCUCUUCUUCCCCAGCUGCUGUUGUUUCAGUGCCAGUGUCAUCAAACCGAGGGAGUUCUGAGAAGAAUCGAAAUGGAUUUGCAACGGUAUUUACAAGAAGUAAAGAUGGGAUACAUCUAGCGAUCUAGCAUAACUUUGGCAGUAGGCAGAGAGACUAUCUCUUAGGUUUUAACAGCACUUGGUUCCUCUUUCCAGAUUUUGAAUUCUUGGCAGUUUAAAAGAUCAUCUCUCUAGUGCAUGCAGGGGAUGUUCCAUAAACAAUGUUUCUAAAGAUUUCAAAUUUCUUUAGUGUUGGUUCUAGUAAGUUUCUAUGUGAUGUUGUUAUGAAUCA